AAGUGGAUCUGUGUACUUGUAAGUACACAAGUUGAUAGUUAUCAAAAUGCUCAGAUAAAUGCAAUAGUCCGCAAUGUUAGAUAAUGUUUAGGACUGUUUAGAUUUACAUACAUUUCUCUUGAGAGCUUUGAUAGGAAUUUAUUGUGUGGAUAGAAUAACAAUUAAAUACUAGUGAAUUAUGGAAGUUUCUGGAAACAGAGAGGGAGAGAGGAAUUUCUUUUCACCCUUUUCUCGUAGUUUUGAUGACGGAGAUCAGUUCAGCAGGCACUGUCUGCCAUGCGAACGGGAUAGAUGUCGGGUACCAGCCUAUGGCUAUUGUCAUGAGUGUGCCGAGCAUCUUUGCGAGGAAUGUCUUAAAAGCCACAGGAAACCAGCCCCUUGCAGGAACCAUACCAUCACCAAACCUCAAGAUCCGCUAUUUACAUCAAAGGACAUGUCAGAAAAGUGUGAUCAACACAUUGGUAAAGUUAUAGAGUACUUCUGUCAAAUGCACAAAAGCCUAGGCUGCAGUACUUGUAUGGCGAAGAAUCACAGAAUAUGCAAGAAAGAUUUUAUUCCAGGAGUUUCCAAGAAUUACAUAACAAGUCCCGAAUACGAAAGUCUUUUAAUGUCCUUAGAGAAAAUACUUGAAGAUUUUAAAGGAUUUACAGAAUCCGCAAAAAUGAACAAGACGCUAAUUCAAGAAAAUCAAGACAAGGUUAAAGCAGAUAUCCAUAUGUUCAGAGAGAAAAUAAACCUCACACUAGACAGAUGGGAGGGCCUAGUUUCCGAUGAAAUUGAACACCUCUUUUCUAAAGAGAACCAGGUGACAGAAUCAUUACUGAACCAAUGCAAGAAAACUACACGAAUUAUUGAAUGUCAACUAGAUGACUUAAAGAAACUACAGUCCGGAAAUAAAAGCGACAAGAUGUACAUAUAUGCCAAGAGAUGUAAAGAAUCAAUAAAAGAACACCUAAGACAUGUUAAAACACUGCAACAAAACGCUCAUGUAGACAUCUGGACAUUUCGACCAAAUGCGGCUAUCAACUCGCUACUGGAAACAGGGACAAGUCUAGGAACGCUCGUGAUAGCAGAUGAAGAGGCGCAAACAAACAUUGCUGCUGACUUUCAGAAUGAAAGACAAAACCAUAUGAUAUAUCAAACGAAUUCAAUUCAAUUGUCUGAUUCAGUUGACGGUUAUACAUCAGUUAAAAAUGUUUCUGGAGUGUAACUGGUGCUGUCAGUUUGGGGAGAGAUAUUUGAUGUUUUUGAAUAUGAUCAUUCAGACUUCAAAAUUAAGGACAUUAAGGACAAGACUGUGAUUUCAGACAUGGAACAUUCUCAGCCAUAGGAUGUGACGUUGUUAAAGGGGUAAAAUGACCUCAAGGGAAGGGGUGCGACCAGGACUAUUUAUUACAAUAAGGCUGUUGUUAUUAUUAUUGUCGUUAUUAGUAUCGUCAUAAUGACUAUUAUUAUAAUUAUUAUGUACAACGCCAUUGAUACCGCCUCGGUGACCUAGUGGUAGAGCGUCCGCUUUGAGUGCGAGAGGUCGUGGGUUCGAUCCCCGGCCGCGUCAUACCAUAGACGUAAAAAAUGCUAAUAGUAGCUUCCUCGCUUGGCGCUCAGCAUUCAGAGGGUAGUGCUAGGACUGGUCAGCCGGGUGUCAGUAUAAUGUGACUGGGUGGGGUAUCAUGUCAGGUGUCUACGGCGUGAUAUUUCAGUGAGGCAGCAUUAUAAAGUUGGGCAUUGUGCUCACUGCUACAAGUAGACACCGUCGUUUAUAUGACUGAAAAAUUGUUGAAAAAGACGUUAAACCCGAACGCACGCACGCACGCACACACGCACACACACACAACGCCAUUGAAUAUAUCAUUGUAUUAAAAUAGGCGUUUAAUCAAAUUAUUCAGUUUCAGUUUCAGUUUUGUUAUCAGGUAAGUAUCUUACAGUUCCUAACAAAAACCAGGAUUCAAAUUGUUCCAUUUGACAACAGUUAACUGCAGUGAAACAAACAGUGUUAUGGGUAAUCUUUAAGUGAACGAAACUUUAUAGGUUGGAUAAUAGUGGAAGUAAGAGAAACUUGAACGGAGAUUUAAGCAGACUUGGAAAAGACGAGUCAAUGACUCUAUAUUCUGUUACUCUUCGUAGGGAACGCAGAAACUGUAAAUAGGCAACGUAUUGAAGUGUAACUAUAUAAACAUGUAUUGUGUAAAAAGAUUGCAAUUUUUAUCUAUAGUUAAAACUGCUCCUGUAAAUAGAUUGUUUUCAACAAAAGAAUUAAUGUAUGUAUGUUUUGUUAGUUGUUAUAGGUAAUAAGAUGAUUAGAGGGCUACAAAUGCCAGUGGGUUAACCCAGUAAGGUUUGUUUGUUUUGGGUUUAACUUCGUUUUUCAACAGUAUUUCAGUUAUGUAACGGCGGGUAGUUAACCUAACCAGUGUUUCUGGAGUCUGUACCAGUACAAACCUGUUCUCCGCAAGAAACUGCCAACUUCCCCACAUGAAACAGAGUUGGAGGACGAAUGAUUUCAGACACGAUGUCUUUUAUAUCAAAUCGUCACGGAAAACAUACGCCUCGCCCAGGGUUCGAACUCACGACCCCGCGAUCCGUAGACCUGCGCUCUCCCUAUUGAGUUCAGCGGACGGGCUUAACCCAGUAAGUAGAACACAACAAAAACCUUAAUGUUAUUUGUUGUGUUAGUUGUUAUACCUACGAGCCAUGCCAUGAGAAAACCAACACAAUGUGUUUGCGACCAGCAUGGAUCCAGACCAGUCUGGGCU